AUGCGACGCCGACACUACGGGCACGUUUGCUGUGCGCUUCGGGGAUAGUGGUUACAUCUGUGCAAUAGAUGUGAUCUUUUGAGCAAAACAGUACAAGAACUGUACAAUAACUACAGGAUUUGUGAAAAACAUUUUGACAGUAAAUAUAUAAGUAAUGCUGAUGGAACUCGGAAGCGUUUAUUUCAGGGAGCGAUUCCGACAAAAUUUCCAUUUACUGUUGAAGAUACUCCACCUAUAACAAAAUUAAUUGUUCACCCCGAUAUUGGCUAUUUCUCCAAUGUAGUUGAGAGUAGUGUGAUUAGCAAUUUGGAUGAAAUGGGUCCUAGCAGCAUUCAUCAAAAGAGUCCAUUAUGUUUUGCAACUAUUGGAACUCAAACUACUUUAGAAUUAAGUUCAUCUACACCAAGGAAGAUAAAAGUCCAAGAUACGAACACUAAAAAGAAAUAUUGCCCGUAG